UCUCUCUCUCUCUCUCUCUCUCUCUCUCUCUCUCUCUCUCUCUCUCUAAAGAAGAAGAAAUAGCUUCGUUUUGAUCUUUGAGCAGCGCCUUGGCCUCAUAAGCUCUUCUCAAGAAUUUGAGAACAAGAAUAAGAAUAUAAGAAGAAGAGGAACAGUGCUAGGAAAUGGAGGGAUAUGAACGGGCGCGGUCGUGGAAGCAAAGGAGCCAAAACAUGAGCCGGAGCAUAAGCAGGAGCAUGAGCAGGAGCAUGAGCAGGACUAACUGGGGCAUGGAAGACGUGUUCGCGGGCUCUAGGCAAUCGAGACGGACGAGCCGCAUCGACGAAGACGAAGAGGCUCUCAAAUGGGCUGCAAUUGAGAGAUUGCCGACGUACGACCGGCUACGGACGAGCAUCUUCCAAACUUUCGUCGAGAAUGACGAGCAGAACCGUGAACAGAAGAUGGUGGUGGAUGUGAGGAAGAUGGACCUGAAUGAUAGGCAGCAGUUCAUUGAUAGGAUCUUCCAAGUGGCUGAAGAAGAUAAUGAGAGGUUCUUGAGGAAGUUCAGAAACAGGAUUAAUAAGGUAGGUAUCCAACUUCCGAAGGUGGAGGUGAGAUUUGAACAUCUGUAUGUGGAAGCAGAUUGUCACAUAGGAAGCAGAGCUCUUCCAACACUCACCAAUGUUGCCCUAAACGUUGCUGAUUCAGUUCUUGGUUUGGUUGGGAUUAGCCGGGCCAAAAGGACAAGACUCACCAUUCUUAAAGAUGUCUCUGGCAUUGUCAAGCCAUCAAGGAUGACCCUUCUAUUAGGCCCGCCAUCCUCAGGGAAGACUACCCUUUUGCUGGCUCUGGCAGGAAGAUUGGACCCAACCUUGAAGGUUGCAGGGGAACUAUCAUACAAUGGGUACAAGCUCAAUGAAUUUGUGCCACAAAAGACAUCUGCAUAUAUCAGCCAAAAUGAUGUGCAUUUGGGUGUGUUGACCGUGAAAGAAACCCUAGAUUUCUCUGCAAGGUGCCAAGGAGUUGGAACUAGAUAUGAUCUCCUCUCUGAGCUUGCCAACAGGGAAAAGGAUGCUGGGAUUUUUCCAGAGCCGGAGGUUGAUCUUUUCAUGAAGGCCACGGCCAUGAAAGGUGUUGAGAGCAGUUUAAUUACAGAUUACACCUUGAAGAUCUUAGGGCUUGACAUAUGUCGAGAUACGAUUGUCGGAGACGAAAUGCAGCGUGGGAUAUCUGGUGGACAGAAGAAAAGAGUAACAACAGGAGAGAUGAUUGUUGGGCCUACAAAAACAUUGUUCAUGGAUGAGAUAUCAACUGGCCUUGAUAGUUCAACGACAUUCCAAAUUGUGAAAUGCCUACAACAAGUGGCACAUCUCACUGAUGCCACAAUCUUAAUGUCGUUGCUGCAACCUGCACCGGAGACGUUUGAUUUGUUUGACGAUAUCAUUCUCUUAUCAGAAGGCCAUAUUGUGUACCAGGGACCACGAGAACAUGUUCUCGAGUUCUUCGAGCGAUGCGGUUUCAGGUGCCCUGAGAGAAAGGGUACUGCUGAUUUCUUGCAAGAGGUUACCUCGAGAAAGGACCAAGAGCAAUACUGGGCGGACAAAACCAAACCGUACAGGUACAUAUCAGUCAGGGAGUUCGCCAACAGAUUCAAGCAAUUUCAUGUCGGCAUGAGGCUCGACAACGAGCUCUCCAUCCCAUUUGAUAGGAGCAGGAAUCACCAAGCGGCUCUAGCCUUCACGAAAUACUCUGUCCCUAUGAUGGAGCUAGUUAAAACCUGUUUUGACAAGGAAUGGCUGCUGAUAAAGAAAAACGCAUUUGUGUACGUUUUCAAGACCAUCCAGAUCAUUAUCAUGGCGGUCAUUGGGUCGACAGUGUUCAUCAGGAGCAGGAUGCACACUAAGACCGAAAUGGAUGGGCAACUGUAUAUCGGCGCUCUCCUGUUCUCGAUGAUCAUCAACAUGUUCAAUGGUUUUGCUGAGCUGAGCAUGGCUAUUCAGAGGCUUCCGGUUUUCUACAAGCAGAGAGACCUUCUGUUUCACCCUCCUUGGACCUUCACGUUGCCUAAUUUCUUGCUUGCGAUUCCCAUGUCCGUGAUGGAGUCUGCGGUUUGGCUGGUCAUUACGUACUAUUCCAUGGGAUUUGCACCUGAAGCUAGCAGGUUCUUCAAGCAACUUCUAUUGAUAUUCUUGAUCCAACAAAUGGCUGCUGGGCUAUUUCGAUUCAUUGCAGGCACUUGUAGGACUGUGAUCAUUGCUAGUACGGGCGGUGCUUUAAUGCUUCUCCUCGUGUUUUUGCUUGGAGGUUUCAUUAUUCCUCUAAGUAAUAUACCUCGUUGGUGGAAGUGGGGUCACUGGGCAUCGCCUUUAACUUAUGCUUUCAAUGCCAUAGCUGUGAAUGAGAUGUUUGCUCCUCGUUGGACGAAUGAACCGGCUACCAGCAGUAAUACAACUACGGGUUUGGCAGUGCUCAAGAACUAUGGUCUCUCCAAUGAGAAUUGGUAUUGGAUUGGUGCAUCAGCACUUAUUGGAUUCAUAAUUCUCUUGAAUGUUCUCUAUACCCUUGCACUCACGUACCUAAAUCCACUUGGAAAACCUCAAGCUACAAUAUCUGAAGAAGCAGACAAAGAUGAGGAGGACGAACAAUCAGAAUUGAAGGACAAAUCUAGAAUGAGGAGACUUUCUUCAAUUAUGAGAGAGUCUUUUAGUGGGCCCUUAUCUACAUUCGAUGGGAACAACACAAGAGGCAUGGAGCUCCGAAGGAUGAGUAGCCGAACAAAUGCCAAUGGCCUGAGCAGAAAUGCCGAUUCCAUUCUUGAAUCAGCAAGAGGCGUUGCUGUGAAAAGAGGAAUGGUUCUGCCUUUCACUCCUCUAGCAAUGUCUUUUGAUAGCGUAAAUUAUUAUGUAGACAUGCCUCCGGAAAUGAAGGAACAAGGGGUCACGGAUGACAAGCUUCAGUUACUCAGGGAAGUAACGGGUGCAUUUAGACCUGGAGUGUUGACUGCACUAAUGGGAGUAAGCGGAGCUGGAAAGACUACCUUAAUGGAUGUUUUAGCGGGGCGGAAGACGGGUGGCUAUGUGGAAGGCGACAUCAGGAUUUCGGGAUUUCCCAAGAAACAAGAAACCUUCGCCAGAAUUUCUGGAUACUGUGAGCAAAACGAUAUUCACUCGCCACAAGUCACUGUGAGGGAAUCUUUAAUCUACUCAGCUUUCCUACGUCUACCAAAAGAAGUUGGGAAAGAAGAAAAAAUGAUUUUUGUCGAUGAAGUGAUGGAAUUGGUAGAAUUAGAUAAUCUCAAGGAUGCACUAGUUGGUCUUCCAGGAAUUACGGGUUUAUCGACAGAACAAAGGAAAAGAUUGACUAUAGCUGUAGAGCUUGUCGCUAAUCCAUCCAUUAUAUUCAUGGAUGAGCCAACAUCAGGUCUUGAUGCACGAGCUGCCGCUAUUGUUAUGAGGGCAGUGAGAAACACAGUGGAUACUGGUCGGACUGUGGUCUGCACGAUUCACCAGCCUAGCAUCGACAUCUUCGAAGCCUUUGAUGAGCUGCUGCUAAUGAAGAGAGGAGGGCAAGUGAUAUAUUACGGACCACUGGGUCGGAAUUCCCACAAGGUCGUCGAAUACUUUGAGUCUAUUCCUGGAGUCCCGAAAAUCAAGGAGAAGUACAAUCCCGCAACGUGGAUGCUUGAGGUGAGUUCGAUAGCAGCUGAAAUACGGCUGAAGAUGGACUUUGCUGUGCAUUACAAAUCAUCAUCCUUGUCCAAGAGGAACAAGGAACUGGUGAGGGAGCUGAGUACGCCACCUCCAGGAGCGAAGGAUCUGUAUUUCCCAACGCAAUACUCGCAGUCCUCAUGGGGACAGUUCAAAUCUUGUCUAUGGAAACAAUGGUGGACUUAUUGGAGAAGUCCCGACUAUAACCUUGUGAGAUACUUCUUCACAUUAGCAUGUGCCCUAAUGGUAGGGACAAUUUUCUGGAGGGUCGGCACCAGAAGGGAUAAUCAGAAUGAUCUGACCAUGAUCAUUGGAGCUAUGUACGCUGCCGUCUUAUUUGUCGGCAUUAAUAAUUGUUCGACUGUACAACCCGUGAUAGCUGUCGAGAGAACCGUGUUUUAUCGAGAAAGAGCUGCUGGAAUGUAUUCUGCUCUGCCUUACGCACUUGCACAGGUGAUAUGCGAAGUGCCAUAUGUGCUCUUUCAGACCACAUAUUACACGGUGAUAGUGUAUGCAAUGGUCUGCUUCGAGUGGACAGUGGCAAAAUUCUUCUGGUUCUUCUUCAUCUGCUUCUUCUCCUUUCUCUACUUCACAUACUAUGGCAUGAUGACAGUCUCCCUCACGCCCAACCAGCAAGUAGCCGCCAUCUUCGCCGCCGCUUUCUAUGGUCUUUUCAAUCUUUUCUCCGGAUUCUUCAUCCCAAGACCAAGGAUACCGAAAUGGUGGGUGUGGUACUACUGGAUCUGUCCCGUGGCGUGGACCGUGUAUGGAUGCAUAGUAUCACAGUAUGGUGACAUCGAGCACAAGAUCCAAGUCCCUGGCCAAGGUGAAGUACCCAUCAAGCAAUACAUUCAAGAAACCUUUGGGUAUGACCCAAACUUCAUGGGACCUGUUGCUGGAGUCCUGGUUGCUUUCACUUUCUUCUUUGCCUUCAUGUUUGCUUAUUGCAUCAAAGCACUCAACUUCCAAAUGAGAUGAGGCUAUGAUGAUGCACUUGAAGAUGAAGGCAAGCACUUGCUCUGAUCAUCGUGUACAUGUAAAAGAAUCAGCGCGAAAUGCAGCCCGGUGAGGUUCUGUAGUGCAUUGAUUGAUUUUGAGAGAGAUUAGACAAACGGUAUACGGUACAGGCUUCGGAUACAUAGAAAAACGUAGAAGUUAGCAAGGCUAGAGGAUACUGCGCAAAUGUAGAGCGACGUGUAUUUGGACAAACUUGCAUAAUUGGUCUAAUUUGAAGAGAUGAUAGUUGCUUUCUAAGCGAACUUUAUAGAUGUAGUAGCUACAUCUUCUUACUAUCAUGUUAAUGGAUUCCCCCACUCUUUUUCCUUUUUGGAAAGGUCAA